AUGGACAUGACAAGUUCGGAAGUCGAAUACUUAACCGAAAAUCUUUUCCAAAAGCAAGAAGCGGUCACUUUUCACACACUUUCAAGAACGUUGAAAAUCCAUCACGCUCAGGCUAAAAAGGCAUUGUACGAGUUCUACAUUGCUCACAAAGACAAGUUGAGUGCAAACUUUGUCGUGACUGGGACUAAUCAUGGGGGAAGCACAAGCAUUAAACUAUGUGAUGAAAAUUCAGUAGAGGAAAUCUUGAAGGAAGAUUCCAAAGGCAUUCACGGGAUCCAUAUCUACUCCUUAACUCAGAAAGGUAUCUCUAUCUCAGACAUUCAACUUGCAGUGCAUGAGAGAAGCUUUCCUGUAAAUUAUGAAAACUUAGCUGAUUUAUAUAAAAAGGGGUUGAUUCAGGGCCCUAAGCUCACAGUGCAAGAUCAUUCUGUGCAAGCUCCAGUGAUUAAGCGGGAGAAUGUUUCGUUGAAGAAGGAACCAACGCCGUCGGAUUUAAAGAAAUCAGAUCUGAAGCCAGUUUCAACUGGAUUGACUUCUGGCUAUGUAUCUAGGAAAGCAGGAUCUGCUGCAGCUAAGAAACAACCCACGGCAGAUAUAACUAGUGGGUACACAUCUCGUAAAUCAGAAAAGACUCCACCAGUUCGAACUACCACUACAUCUCCUACACCCCCUCCUACUAAAGCUGCGUACCAAUAUAAGUCAAGAAAAGCAGAAAAGAAUCAGCCCAAGGAAAGAGUGGUGGUAUCUUCUCAUCAAGAUGAACCUGAAGAUUUAGAAGAUGAAUCAAGCUCUAAGAAGACGAAAGCCAACUCUGAGGAAUUACAGAAGCUCUUCGAAGACGAUGACAGUGAUUUCUCCGAUGAUACAGAAGACGUCAUUAAGAAUGAGCCAAUUGUAGUCGAGCAGACAGCUGAUCCAGCCGAAGCAGAGAAUAACAUUGAAUCAGAGCGAACAACAAUUCCAGAAUCCUUCAACGAGUCAGAGGCGGAACCCAAUUUCAAAGAUUCCUCAGAAUCUACUGAGCUGAAGCAAACUGAAGAAGAAGAGCCAGAAGUUGAAUCGUAUGUGGAUGAAGAUGGAUACUUGGUGACUGUAAAUAAGAAGAAGAAAUCCCCUGCACCUGUUGCUAAAUCACAUCCAGUGAAAAGAACUGCCUCUCCAUCAACUAGUGCAUCUUCCACCAAGGACACUAAGAAGAAGAAAACUGGUCAAUCAUCACUCAUGAGUUUUUUCAACGCAAGUAAGAAAUAA